CGCAGCACUCCAGAGAGCCGACUGCCCUGCGGCCCUCCGCCCCGCCCGCGCCCUCUGCAACCCCAGGGUACCCGGCUCUGCACCCCCAAACCGCAGGCCCCUGCGCCAGUUCCCUGCACGCAUCCCCCUCGCCGGUCUUUAGCACUCGGAGCUCCCGCCCAGGGCAGCGUGUCUCCGAGGCCGCCAGGCCGGUCCCGUCCAUCAGUCGAUCCCGUCUGUACGUCCGUCGCGUCCGCUCGCGGGUGCCAUGCCAUUCCUCGGGCAGGACUGGCGGUCCCCCGGGCAGAGCUGGGUGAAGACAGCCGAUGGCUGGAAGCGUUUCCUGGAUGAAAAGACCGGCAGUUUCGUGAACGACCUCAGCAGUUACCGCAACAAGGAGGUAUACAAUAAGGAGAAUCUUUUCAACAGCCUGAACUAUGAUGUUGCAGCCAAGAAGAGAAAGAAAGACAUACUGAACAGCAAAACCAAAACUCAGUAUUUCCACCAAGAAAAAUGGAUCUAUGUUCACAAAGGAAGUACGAAAGAGCGCCAUGGAUAUUGUACUUUGGGGGAAGCUUUCAAUAGACUGGAUUUCUCAACUGCUAUCCUGGAUUCCAGAAGGUUUAACUACGUAGUUCGGCUGUUAGAACUGAUAGCAAAGUCACAGCUCACAUCCCUGAGUGGCAUCGCCCAAAAGAACUUCAUGAACAUUUUGGAAAAAGUGGUACUGAAAGUCCUUGAAGACCAGCAAAACAUCAGGCUCAUAAGAGAACUACUCCAGACUCUCUACACAUCCUUAUGUACACUGGUCCAAAGAGUUGGCAAGUCUGUGCUGGUCGGGAACAUUAACAUGUGGGUGUAUCGGAUGGAGACCAUUCUCCACUGGCAGCAGCAGCUGAACAACAUCCAGAUCACACGGCCUGCCUUCAAAGGCCUCACCUUGACUGACCUGCCCUUGUGUUUACAACUGAACAUCAUGCAGCGGCUGAGCGACGGCCGAGACCUGGUCAGCCUGGGCCAGACGGCCCCCGACCUGCACAGGCUCAGCGAGGACCGGCUCCUAUGGAAGAGACUGUGCCAGUACCACUUCUCCGAGCGCCAGAUCCGCAAGCGAUUAAUUCUGUCUGACAAAGGGCAGCUGGAUUGGAAGAAGAUGUAUUUUAAACUUGUCCGAUGUUACCCAAGGAAGGAGCAAUAUGGAGAUACCCUUCAACUUUGCAGACACUGCCACAUCCUUUCCUGGAAGGGCACUGACCAUCCGUGCACGGCCAAUAACCCUGAGAGCUGCUCCAUUUCACUUUCACCCCAGGACUUUAUCAACUUGUUCAAGUUCUGACUCCCAGUACAUGACAGCACCUCAGAAUGUCCCCUGCUGAAAGAAUAGCUGGGAAUACGGAGUUUGGAUGCUUCGUUUGUAAAUAGUGUAUAUUUAUACAAAAACAAAAAACCCACUGCCGUCAAGUCGAAUUCCAACUCAUAGCGACCCUAUAGGACAGGGUAGAACUGCCCCAUAGGGUUUCCAAGGCUGUAAAUCUUUAUGGAAACAGACUGCCACAUCUUUCUCCCAUGGAGCUGCUGGUGUUCAAACCACCAACCUUUCAGUUAGCAGCCAAGCGCUUAACCCUUGCGCCACCACAGCUCCUCCAUACUUUACACAUUGGCUCAAAACUCUUGAGAUAAGAUGAUGGGAGGGCUUUGGAGGACAGAGAUGCAGUUGCUGACUGGGAGUUUAAGAAUAUGGACUUCUCAGUAGAAUUGGUAUGGAAAAGCAGAAAUACUGUAAAUAAACUUUUUUCCUAACGAUUUGCCAGCAAGACUGUCAGGGCAGGCAUUUUAUUUCAGCGAUGAACGUGGAAUUCUCUGUAUGUUCACCGAAACUCCUUUAUAGUUCCCUAGAGAUGUGGAAGAAAAGAGCAAAACAAAUACAAGAUAGAACACUCUUUGUUUACAAUGUGAAUAUUUAUAUAAAAAAGAAGAAGAACAACAACUUCAACUGCAUAUGAGAAAUUCCUGGGCUUUUUGGUUUUGAUUUUGUGUUCGUUUUGAAAAGGCAAAGGAAGCACCGCCCAUUGUUAACCUGCCUGGCGCUUAGGGUCUUACCUUACAAAGAUACCACACAAUAGUCUACCUCGGAAAACGUACAGCGCUCUUUCUGACAAAGUACCUUGUCCAGUAGGCCAUGUCCAUUUUGCUUCUAAGUUUCUCAUCACUGUGAAAAGUGAUUUAAAGUGGAAAGAGAUGUUGGAAGCAAUCCUCAUCUUGUUUCAGACUUCCUUUUUAGGGAAACUGGGCACUCUUUGGAGCUGCCUCUUUCAGAGAACAACCCCAAAGCUCGUGCCUUUUUCCCUUUCGUGUUCUACGUAGCUCAUUGGGGGAAACUGAAUGACAAUUAAAGACAGUCCCAAAGGAAAUCUUGCUGCAGAAAAAAGAGACUUAGUCACCUCCAAAGCUGUGAAGACUUCCUUUAUUCCUGUUUAACUUCCUGGCUUGUCUGGGCUUCCUUGGUAUCUUCAUGGGUCGGUGUAUCUCAGCGGACGGGUUGAAGCCCAAGUGCUGAGAAGGGCUUGUGAGACAGGUUUUACGCAUCAGCCAGUUGAGCCUUUUACCAGCUGCUUGUUCCCCUUGGUGAGCUGAGCGGAGGAGGUUUCUUUAUGUCCAACAUCAAAAUCUAGUCAUCCUGAGCUAGGGCUUCUUACCGGGAUGAUUAAAUAAAGGCUGGAAGUCCAGCCAGACAGGGAGAGAAGGUACAGGAGUUCAUGUUAACUUGCUUGAGGGCUGGGUAGUUAAAGUAGACCCCAGGGGAUCUUGCGAAGCAGAGAAUGGAAAUCUCAAGACUUCAUUGUCGAAUAUUCCUGGGAGAGUGGGAGAUGUUUUUUGUUUUGUUUUGUUUUUUACUUUUUAUAGAACAUUGCUUUUCUACAACAAUGUACAUAUUUUUGCAGUAGUAUUUUUUUUUUUUGGAGGUGGGGUGCAAAAAAAGUUGCCACCCUGCAUGCCCUUGGCAAGUACAUGAAGCAGAAAUAGGAACUUGAUUCAUAUUCAUGUUGAGGAACAGUGUGUCUUUAGGGGUUAAACCUGGACUUGGAGUGACCAGGCAGAGAGGGAAAAUGGUUAAGCAAGUACAGAACCAAGGCAAGAGACAAGCUCAGCAUGCAAUACUCUCUUCAUACCCUUUCCUUCAAUAAUGCACAGCCCAAGUACCAGCAUUGAGAAGGGAAGUGAAUCCCAGUCAGGCCUCCUCACUUUGCAACGUUUGCACCUAGACCAGUGUUUCUCAAUCUGUUUUUCAUUAUCACUGCCAUAAGAAGAAAAAUUACGUUGAAAUUAAAUUCUCUCUAAUGAGAUACAUUAAAUAUGAAAAAAAAGAUUUUGUCAGGUAUGGCUGAUUUUUGGAGGGCCACAAACCAUUGUAAUAUCCAAGUUUUUUUUCUUUGUCUCUGCAAGAACCAAGUUCACAUUGAGAAUGCCUGGCCUGGACUAUUGAAUAAAAGCUAGCUCUUCCAUGAUUCAGCCAGGUUUUCUCAAACUUCUCAACUUCCGUAAGGAUGUCAGGUAGAGCUGGGUCUGCUGUUGGUGUAAAAGCUCUGGGACCUCGGACUUGGAGUGACAUUUUUAGGCUUAGGGGUUCAUGUCCUUCCAUGUUUUCCCACCAGUCAUGGCCUCUACCCCUUGCUGAUCAAGUAUGUGGAACUCCUUGGCACCUUCAGGUCUGCAGUCCCAGAAGUGUUGCCUGCUUGGAUGGUCACCACAAUGCAGAUGAUUUCACACUACAGGCAACAAUGCACAUUUGUGCAGAUUAAUCUCUACCCCGACGUGAUAGCAGCUGCCAUGAGUCAAUUCCAAAUCAUGUGUUUCAGGGUAGAACUGCCUUCCAUAAGGUUUUCAUGGCUGUGACCUUUCAGAACUAGAUCACCUGAUGUCUUUCAAGGUGUCACUGGGUGGACUCGAACCACCAACCUUUCAGUUAGUAGCUGAAAGCUUAACCAUUUGAACCACCCAGGGACUCCCACCCCAAGUGAUAGGGUUACAGUUUUCUAAAACGUUUACCAAGAUGGUUCCUCUGGGUUCUCCCCAGCUGCUUUGGAGUUAUUAGAGUUGGUAUAGGACAGAGUCAAGGAAAAUUUUUUAAGGAAAAGAAGAAGAAGCCAACAUUUGUGGUCCUCUUUCAUUGGAAGGGAAGGAUAAAGAAGGAAAUAGCAGGUGUAGAAGGAGAGGGAAAGGAGUAGAAAUGGUGUAUCUCUGAGGUUGUGGUUUGUGUGGGGAGAAUGAGGAAGGUCAGAACAACACAAUAUCUGUGUUAGCACCACGUGGUACCCGUUUAAGCAUGACCAGAGCCUCCUAUGUAAGUAAAGUGAGUUAAAAAGGCAAAACUCUGGCUCCCUGGGCACUAAGAGUCUCUAGAAUUCUACUGGCAAACCUCCUAGAACAACCUGAUCUAAAAUGCAAAAACAAAAAUCCCUGUCUGAGAACUGCUGGUCUAAAAGCCAGAAAGGUCACGUCAAUGGAAAUUGCUAGAAGAGAUAGAAUGCUGUAUACUCUCUUUACUGUCCCCACCUGCCCUCACCCUGGAUCUUAUAAAUCCGAAUUUGAAAUUGAUGUCAAAUAUGAAGAAAUUCAGACUUCCAAAGAAGGAGAGUUCUGCCCAGGGCAAAAUGGGCAGAUCCACAGGGAUGUUAGGAUUUGAUCCAACUCAGAGGUUCUGAGCAAUGAGCCUAGAGUCUCCAGAGAGUAAGGCACAGCCUUUGGGGAGGGAAGAAUAUGUGAUGUUUAGGAGUGCUCACUAUAUAGCAAGAUCUAGAAAACAGUCCAAUGAGAUUUUAAACAAGAUCGCAUUAUUACUUAACAUUGUUACUUAGAGCAGAUGAAUCAGAUAAGUAGGAGGUUAAAAAAAAAAAAAAAAAAAAAACUCCUGGGUCUAUUAGUUCUGAGA